UUUCAUAAAAAUAAAUAUUGACGACGAUUCAAAAAAUAAAAUUGUAAUAUUCAGAAUCAAACGUCUUGAACUCAAGACACAGACGAUUAUUUUUCAGCCAAACUGCUGUUAUUUCCAUUACUAAGUAGAACAGCGUGGUGUACCGCGAUUGGCUGCUGCAGAGCUCCCGCCUCUUGCUCUCCCGUGGGAGUUGUAGUCUUUUGCGCCACACCCAACAAUCGCUCCCAGCGGCCUCAGCCCUGGAAGAGGACUACAAACUGGGAGGCUCUGGCGUUGAGGGGCGGGGUUAAGUGCUUGACAGCUGAUUGUUUGGAGGCGUGGCUUCUCGAUCGAGUAGGACUGGAGUGGAGGUCUGAAAUGACAGCUCAGCCCUCAGGCAGAGCUGCUGCCGCUGCUGUGACAUCUGGGCGCCAAGUUCACUGAGAGGAAGUUUUAAUUUGGAGUUGAAACACAGAAAACAGAAGUAGAGACGCAGAAAGAUGCUGAGGGGGAUUUGCCUCUUCCUGCCUUUCGUGGUGCUCGGUGGACAGCUGCACUCAGAGCUGACGGGCGUCCUGGACGACUGCUUCUGCGACGUGGAGAGCAUCGACGUCUUCAACAACUUCAAGCUCUACCCUCGAAUCAAGAGGCUGACGGAGAAAGACUACUUCAGAUACUACAGGGUGAACUUGAAGCGACCUUGUCCCUUCUGGGCCGAGGAUGCACAUUGUGCCAUCAAAGACUGCCAUGUGGAGCCCUGUCCAGAGAGUAAGAUCCCGGUGGGCAUCAAGUCUGGGAACUACAACAAGUACUCUCAUGCAGCGAACACGAAUUCGGACGUGACGGAGUGUGAACAGGCCAAAGAGCUGGGCGCCAUCAACAGCACCCUAAGUAACCAGAGUAAACAGGCGUUCGCUGACUGGGCGAGACACGACGACGCUCAGGACUACUUCUGUGAGCUGGAUGAUGAAACCUCUCCAGACUCUGAGUAUGUGGAUCUGCUGCUGAAUCCGGAGAGAUUCACUGGAUACAAGGGUCCUUCAGCCUGGAGGGUCUGGAAUAGCAUCUAUGAGGAAAACUGCUUCAAGCCCAGAUCAGUGUACCGACCUCUGAACCCUCUGGCUCCGAGCAGAGGAGACGACGAUGGAGAGGUUUUCUACAAGUGGCUGGAAGGUUUGUGUUUAGAGAAGAGAGUUUUCUACCGACUCAUCUCGGGCCUCCACAGCAGCAUCAACAUCCACCUGUGUGCCGAGUUCCUGCUGGACGAGGGUUGGGGCCGGUCGGUGUGGGGCCCAAACGUUCAGGAGUUCCGGCAGCGUUUCGACACGGCGGAGACGAAGGGCGAGGGCACGCGGCGGCUGAAGAACCUCUACUUCCUGUACCUGAUCGAGCUGCGGGCGCUCUACAAGGUGGCGCCGUACUUCGAACGAGCGUUCGUCAACCUGUACACGGGAAACAUGCAGGAGGACGGAGCCACCAAGGAGCUGCUGCUGCAGGUCUUCAACGAGAUCAAAGCUUUCCCAAUGCACUUUGAUGAGAAGUCCAUGUUCGCCGGACACAAAAUCGAAGCCAAAAUGUUAAAGGAGGAAUUUCGCCUCCAUUUUAAAAACAUCUCCAGGAUCAUGGACUGCGUCGGCUGCAGUAAAUGUCGCGUGUGGGGAAAACUGCAGACUCAGGGUCUCGGUACAGCUCUGAAGAUCCUCUUCUCCGAGAAGGAGAUCCAGAACCUCCCUGAACACAGCCCCUCUAAAGGCUUCCAGCUGACUCGACAGGAGAUCGUGGCCUUACUGAACGGCUUCGCCAGGUUGUCCACCAGUAUACAUCAGCUCCACAGUUUCCGCCUGCUGCUGAAGGACAACAGGUAACAGAAGGCGACGUCCCACCUGGCCAGUAGGCGGCGCCAGCCCCCAAGAGAACUGCAAUAGUCUAAUAUUCACCCAGAAGAAGGCCUUUUUCAUGGACAGCAGGAUCAGCAGUGAACCCAACCGUCCCCCCCACAAACACACUCUCUUCUCCCGCUAAUCUCUCUCCUGUUUCCCUUCUGUACUUCCUCCUCCUCCUCCUCCAGUAGAUUAUGAAUGUUAACUCCUCUGCCUCCUCUUGCCUACGUCGGGAAAGUCUCCAGGUUCUAAAAAACUUCACCCGACGUCUUUUCCUCUCUGCUGUAAAACUUGUCGGCCAGUGUACAAACCUUUUCAUUUAUAUACAUUUAUUCUUUCGGGGUCUCUUUUGAGAGGUCGACCUGUAAGAUCAGCAGGUUUGUUUGUGACGUUUCGACACGAUCAGAUCUUUGGAAUGAAGUCACAGACCGAGCGGUGACCAGCCGAACAUCUGACUCCAGGACGCAGAGCAAACCGUGUCCGAGUUUGAGUUGACGCAGUCGUGGGUGAAUCACUUCACCGGUCAUUUCUCUUUCUCGCUGACCCCGCCCUCUGCUGACAUCACAUCCUGUUGGAUUUUACAGUCAUGUGAGCCUGAGUCAGACCUUUAGGGCUCUUACGUAAGGAUAUUGUCCCGAGAGAGGACUCAAGUUAGGACGGUUCUUCCAGAUAGAAAGUGCGUCUGAACCGUCAGGACGCUGCUGCCUGUCCUCUUCUUUACUUAACUUUUAUUUUCCUUUUACCUUUUCCUUCUCCUGUUGUUUUUUAGAUAAGUUUGUUGCUCAAAGCCUGAGGAUCUGGACCAAUCUGCUCGUGUUAACCAUCUCAGGCCUAAUUUAUGUCAGCUCGCUAGAAGGUGUGUGUGUGUGCAGACAUAUGUGAGUCGUGUUGUGUGUGAAAUGUCCAUGCAGGCUUUUUUUUUUUAAUGUGGAUUUCAGUGACUAGUUGAUUUAAGUAGAUUCUGUCCAGUCCGGCAGCAGCAUCCAACCUGAAACUAACUUCAACUCCAUGCAGGCGGUUAAAAGGCGCGUGAUUAUCAAACUAACUUCAGCUUAGUCUGUAAAGUCUCACAUCGCUUGUUAAAGCUUUCUGAAGGUACAUUAUUAGGUUAUUUA